CUCACAUCAGAUCCCUAGAGAGAUCUGCAAGAUCCAUGAAUCCCAUUCUACCACCAGACUUUAUCGCAACAAACUUUUUUUUACCCACUUAAGAAGUCUCCUAAUUCUGGACAGAAGGAUCUGCAGAGAUGAACAAUACAACAACUGAACAGACUGUAACGAUGGAGUCAAACGUGUCGCUGUCCACGCCGGUGGGUCAGACCGUGCUCAGCACCCUGGCAGACAUACUUAUUAUGGACUCUGAUACUGCUGCUGAGGUUCGGGCUGCUUCCAAUACCUCCAAUGGGGAUCAGUUGUUUCUGACAACCGCGGCUGCUAAGGGCAUCUCGGGGGUGUUUGUCUGGACGGCUCUGCUGCUUACUUGCCACCAGAUCUACCUUCAUCUCCGGAAUUACACCAUCCCGAAUGAGCAGCGUUACAUCAUCCGGAUCCUCUUCAUCGUCCCCAUUUACUCCUUUGACUCCUGGCUGAGUCUCUUGCUUAUAGGCAAUGACCAGUACUAUGUGUAUUUCGACUCGGUCAGGGAUUGCUAUGAAGCGUUUGUUAUAUACAGUUUCCUCAGCCUGUGCUUUGAGUAUCUCGGUGGAGAGAGUGCGAUAAUGACUGAGAUACGUGGGAAGCCCGUAAAAUCCAGCUGUUUCUAUGGGACCUGCUGUCUCCAAGGCUUGUCCUAUUCCAUUGGCUUCCUUCGAUUCUGCAAACAGGCAACCCUACAGUUCUGCAUAGUGAAGCCCAUCAUGGCCGUGGUCACAAUAAUCCUACAAGCAUUCGGGAAAUACCACGAUGGGGAUUUCAACGUUCAGAGCGGUUACCUGUACAUCACGAUUAUAUAUAACUUUUCGGUCAGCCUGGCGCUCUACGCCCUAUUUCUCUUCUAUUUCGCCACCAAGGAGCUGCUGCAUCCCUUUGAGCCUGUGCUGAAGUUUCUCACCAUCAAAGCUGUCAUCUUUUUGUCAUUUUGGCAAGGAAUGCUCCUGGCAAUACUGGAAAGAUGUGGCGCAAUUCCUGAAGUACAGAUCAUCAAUGGAAACACGGUCGGCGCAGGGACAGUAGCUGCUGGAUAUCAGAACUUUAUCAUUUGCAUUGAAAUGCUGUUUGCAGCCAUUGCUCUGCGCUACGCCUUCACCUGCCAAGUAUACCGGGAGAAAAAAGAGAACUCUACAGCAAAUGUAGCACCCAUGCAGAGCAUUUCCAGUGGAUUAAAAGAGACAAUAAGCCCACAUGACAUUGUGCAAGAUGCCAUCCACAACUUCUCUCCAGCUUACCAACAGUACACCCAACAGUCCAUGCAGGACAUGCAGCAAAAAUCUCAAGGACAGAACGGGCACGCAGUUGCCAGCAAUGGGCAACAGGGCAGGAAAAAGAAACAGAACGAGAAGAUGAUGCUUAUCAUAUCAGACGAUGAACUCUAG